ACCUCUGAUUUUGCGACUGUGAGAAUGUUGCGCCUGUUGAGUAAACGUUUUUACUGCAAGAUUGCAACGAAAUCGAAUGAAAAGGCCACUAAAUUGUACUUCAAGCAGCUAACGCAUCCAACCAAGGUGCCACAGACACCAGUGGACGCGGAGUUUCCCGACACCAGCGCCUCCGAAAUCCAGAUCGACACGAAAACCAUCCAGUUGCUGGAGCGGCUGUCGCUGGUGGAUCUGGAUAGCGAACGGGCGCUGGCCACGCUGAAGAGCAGCAUCCAGUUCGCAGACAAGAUUGCCCACAUCAAUACGGACCACGUGCGUCCACUGUACACGGUGCUGGAGCAUCAGCAGCUCCAGUUACGCAACGACCAGGUAACCGAGGGCGAUUGCCGGGCGGAAGUGCUCCAGAACGCCAAGGUGACGGACGAGGAUUACUACGUUUCUCCGCCGGGCAACAUUCCGCUGGAGCAAUGAGCCGCAUACAGCGAUGCUUCAAGUCCCUGGCUUCCGCUGGCUUCUUUCGCACCGGGGAAGACAAUAAACUGGAGCUACUCAGUCAUGGAAGGGAAUACGCCAAGCUGCUGCAACAGCAUUGGACACGACUUCGUCCCCUGGCUGCUCACCUGGGCGUCACGAAAGAACCCAUAAAUCCCGUCAAUAUCCAGCGUUUUUCCUUUCCACAAAGCCAGCAAUUCCGAAACAAUUUCCAAAAACUCGUCAAAGAUCAUCCCCGAAAGGCCAAAUGUCCCACUCUUUUGAAACACCAGAGCACUUGCCCCGCUCCCACUAGCAAUUCCUUAUUUGGAGUAAAGGGUCCUACGCUACAUUUAACCACAGACUUCCUGGUGGAACCACAUCGCGCCCUGGAACACUUCUACAACAUG